GCAAGCCAGCAACCCCAGCAAGCAAGCAAGAGCGCGUCAGAAACCACCAAGGAGCCGGUCAGUUCUGUUCCCAAGAAGCAAAAGGACCUCCACAACCCCGACUGCUGCUGCUGUCGUCCGUGACCAUGGACAAGAUCCUGGCCUUCUCCAUCCUGAGCUCAUCGCCGGCGGACAUCUCCGCGGCCGGGUUCUUCUCCACGCGGCUAUCGUGGCGGACCUCCGCCGCCGGGAAGCCUCAGACGCCUCAGGUGGACCCGGCACCGCAAAAUCAGAAGGCCGCCGAGCAGCAGCGGGGCUCGCCGCGGGUCCCGGCGGCGGAGCGCGAGCGAGAGGCGCGGCCGCGGUUCGCGCCGGAGUUCGACGGGCUCAACUGCUUCGAGUCCAUCGUCUCCUUCUGAAUUCCGGGGGGCUCCGCGUGACAUGGUUCCCCUCCCCGCUUGAAUUCGUUCGUUCCUCUCUUCUAAUUAAUUUUGGGAUGUUUGCUGACUAAAGCGACGAGUAAUCUGUACAGAGCUGCUGUAUACCGCGUCCUAUUGAAUGGAUCAUCAUACGUUCGUUUGAUUUUUUAUGUUAUAAAGAUUUGAUUGAUGCC